UUCUGUUCUACGAGAUCGUUUGUGAAGGAUUCUCGGGCUUAUUUUUGCCACUCUUUGCCUCCCGACUACCGCAGAUCGCGGCCCGGAGAAGCUGAUACUUCCUUGUUCGUGCGCACCAUCAUCACUGCUGCCAACACCGCUGGGCCCCCAUGCAUCUUUUCACUAACCUUACCCCGACGACAGAUUCUAUAUAGACGAAGGCAUCUAACGAGUUUCGAUCUCCCAAAAUGGCGCCCAAGAAGAAGGGAAACAAGAGACAAGAGGAAGACUGGGAAGCUGAGCUGGGCGAGUCCGCUCCCGCUGCCGGUGGCGAGGCCGAAGCUCCCGCCGACGCUGCUCCUGCCGAGGAGGAGGGUGGCGGCAUGGGCGGUGGCGGCUUGCUCGCUGCUCUGAGAAAGAACAAGAACAAGAAGGCGAAGAAGGGAAAGCCGGCCAAUGACUUCGUCGAGGGCGAGGAUGCCGGUCAGGAUGCCAAUGGUGGUGCCGAUUUCGCCAGCAAGCAGCCUGAGGAGGGUACCUUUGAUGAGGAUGAUGUGUUUGCUGGAAAGGCCAAGCCCAAGAAGGCUGCUGCGCCUGAGCCCAAGCAAGAAGAAGAGGAGGAAGGUGGCUUCCGUGUGAAGUCCAAGAAGGAGAAGGAGAGGGAGAAGAAGGAGCGCGAGAAGCAGCGUAAGAAGGAACAGGCUGCCAAGAAGAAGACCACUGCUCCCGCUGAGAAGGAGAAGCCCGCCAAGGCCGAGCCUGUGAAGAAGGUCGAGGAAGCUGCUGCCCCCGCCCCUGCUGCGGUGGAAACUGGUGGCAAGAAGAAGAAGAUCCCCGCGCACCUGCUUGCUAUUCAGAAGCAACAGGAGGCUCUCCGGAAACAGCGCGAAGAGGAGGAGCGCCUGGCAGCCGAGGAGGCGGCUGCGGAGGAGGAGAAGCGUCUUCGUGAAGAGGAAGAAGAGAAGAAGAGGGAAGAGGCUCGCCAACGGAAGAAGGAGAAGGAGAAGGAGAAGAAGGAGCAGCUCCGCAGGGAAGGCAAGCUGCUCACUAAGGCCCAGAAGGAAGCCAAGGAGCGUAACGAGCGUCGCAUGCAGCAGAUGCUUGCCGCUGGUGGUGCCAAGGUUGCUGGUCUGGAAGAGGGCCAGGCUGAGAAGAAGCGCCCUGUCUACGACAACCGGAAGAAGAAGGGACCCAAGAAGCAGGAAGAGGACUUGGAAGCCGCUGCUGCCCGCGCCAAGGCCCAGCGCGAGGCCGAGGAGGAGCGCAGAAGAAAGGAGGAAGCGGAGAAGAAGGCUAAGGCUGAGGCUGAGGCUGCUGCUGCCGCCGCCGCCGCUGCCGGCGAAGAGAGUGAGCUCGAAGACUGGGAGAAGGCUGCUGAUGCCGAGGACGUGAAGGACAGCUGGGAUGCCCCUAGCGACGAGGAAGAGGAAGAGAAGCCGGCCACGAACGGCAAGGUUGCCGAGAAGACGGAAGAGGGCGAGGAGAGCGAGGAGGAUUCUGACGAGUCUUCCUCCGAGGAGGACUCUGAGGAUGAGGAGCAGUCUGCGGCACAGAAGGCGAUUGCUCAAAGGAAGGCCGAGGCCGCCGAGCGCAGAAAGAAGCAGCACGAGGAGGCUCUGGCAGCCCGCUCGAAGGACAACCUGCGUUCUCCUAUUUGCUGUAUUCUGGGUCACGUCGAUACCGGUAAGACCAAGUUGCUGGACAAGAUUCGUCAGACCAACGUCCAGGAGGGUGAAGCUGGUGGUAUCACCCAGCAAAUCGGUGCUACUUACUUCCCUGUCGACGCGCUGCGCCAGAAGACGGCCGUGGUGAACAAGGAUGGCUCUUUCGACUUCAAGAUCCCCGGUCUGCUGGUCAUCGAUACCCCUGGUCACGAGUCCUUCUCCAACCUGCGUUCGAGAGGUUCGUCCCUUUGUAACAUCGCCAUCCUGGUUGUCGAUAUCAUGCACGGUCUCGAGCCCCAGACGCUUGAGUCCAUGAGGUUGCUCCGUGACCGCCGCACGCCUUUCAUCGUUGCCCUUAACAAGAUCGAUCGUCUCUACGGCUGGAAGAAGAUCGACAACAACGGCUUCCAGGAGAGUUUGGCUAUGCAGAGCAAGGGCGUCCAGAACGAGUUCCGCACCCGUCUGGAGCGCACCAAGCUCCUGUUCGCUGAACAGGGUUUCAACUCGGAGCUGUUCUACGAGAACAAGUCCAUGGCCCGCAAUGUCUCCCUGGUGCCCACCUCGGCCCACACCGGUGAAGGUAUCCCUGAUAUGCUGAAGCUGUUGACGACUCUGACCCAGGAGCGUAUGACCAACUCCCUGAUGUAUCUGUCGGAGGUUGAGUGUACCGUUCUUGAGGUGAAGGUCAUUGAGGGUCUCGGUACGACCAUUGACGUUGUCCUGUCGAACGGUAUCCUGCGCGAGGGUGAUCGAAUCGUGCUCUGUGGUCUGAACGGGCCUAUAGCAACCAACAUUCGAGCCCUGCUCACGCCGGCUCCUCUCAAGGAACUGCGUCUGAAGUCGCAGUAUGUGCACAACAAGGAAGUCAAGGCUGCUCUUGGUGUCAAGAUUGCCGCCAACGACCUUGAACAGGCCAUUGCCGGUUCCCGUCUGAUGGUUGUCGGACCCGAUGACGAUGAGGAGGACAUUGAGGAGGAGGUCAUGUCCGAUCUGGAGAACCUGCUCAGCAAGGUCUCCCGUGAUCAGCGUGGUGUCAGCGUGCAGGCGUCCACUCUUGGUUCCCUGGAGGCGCUGCUAGAGUUCCUCCGCGUCUCCAAGAUUCCCGUCGCCAACAUUUCCAUUGGUCCUGUGUACAAGCGUGAUGUCAUGAUGGCAGGUACCAUGUUGGAGAAGGCCAAGGAGUACGCCGUUAUGUUGUGUUUCGAUGUCAAGGUGGACAAGGAAGCUGCUGCCUACGCCGAAGAAGUCGGCGUCAAGAUCUUCACUGCCGACAUCAUCUACCACCUGUUUGAUGACUUCACCAAGCACAUGGCUGAGCUGGCGGAGCGCAGAAAGGAAGAGAGCAAGAUGCUUGCCGUCUUCCCCUGUGUGCUGAAGACCGUGGCUGUGUUCAACAAGAAGGACCCGAUCGUCAUUGGUGUCGAUGUCGCUGAGGGUAGUCUGCGGCUGCACACUCCUAUCGCUGCUGUCAAGGCCAACCCGGAGACCGGCGCUAAGGAAAUCAUCGACCUUGGCAGAGUUGUCUCGAUCGAACGUGAUCACAAGCCCAUCAACGUCUGCAAGAGAGGACAGCCUUCCGUUGCCGUCAAGAUCGAGGGAAGCAACCAGCCCAUGUACGGUCGCCAGCUGGAAGACAAGGACACGCUGUACUCCCACAUCUCCCGUGCCAGUAUCGAUACGCUGAAGGAAUUCUACCGCUCGGAUGUCACGAUGGAGGAAUGGGGUCUCGUCAAGAAGCUCAAGCCUGUCUUUGACAUCCCGUGAUCGCCUGAACGAUUACGUCUGUCACCCGGAUGCCGACCAUCCUGCUUGUCAGUUCUACGCCGCGGGCACUCACGUGAGUGCAGCUUGGCAUGAUGUUGGGUUUGGAUAGGGGCACAGCCAAUAUGGCUGCAAUCGUGGGAUCGGAUAGCGAGUGAUGCGACAUGGAGGAGGGAGGACACGCUUGGUGCACUCUCGAGACGAAAAGCAAAGAGAGCCUGCAUGAGGAAUGACUACGACUUUCUAUCAAAAGCAAGAUGCCUGUACAUGACACGAGGGGUGGAAAAGUAAGCCGUGGUCGAUACCUAGGUUUGUUUGUUAAUGAUAAUUAUGGAUCUCGUUGAAUUUUCAGUCUGAGUAUAAGCAUUUAUACAUCGCAG